AUGACUCUCACUGACUUCAUUGACUGCCACGUGCUGAGAGCUAGGGUGCCACGUGGCAGCAGCAGCAGCAGAAGCAGAAGCAGCAGGGGCGAUCAAGGGAAGGCAGGAGGGAGCAGGAGCCGGACGGGAUUGCAGCAAGAGAAAGUGGAGCAAGUGGAGGAGGAGGACGGGGAUGAGAGGAUAGGGUAUCUAGCGCAACACACACUGUUCGAACAGAUCCCCAUUCUCCGAGCAGACAUCGACAUUCCCCCCUACUGCUGGCUCAGCGCUCCUGCUCCCCACUCUCACUCUCUCGGAUCGAACCCUCCCUCUCACACCUCUCCGCAAGAGGCCACUCGCACUGCAAGCAUGGGUGAUAGCAAGUACAUGCGUGUGUACAGCAGCACAGAGGAUGCUCGGCUGUACCCACACAAGGAGAAGAUGCUCUGCAACUCCAGCCAGGUGGAUCUAGACGCGCCUGACCUCACAGCCUUCCCCCUCAUUCCCCUUGCGCCCUUCUGGGACGUGCUGCUCUCCCCCGGCGAUCUGCUCUACAUCCCGCCGCGCUACUGGCACUACGUCAAGGCCACGCGCCCCAGCUGCUCCCUCAGCGCAGAUAUUCUAAUACAAGCUUCUACAAGGUCGCGCCGGAUUGGUCUGGAAUAUCCGAUCGUUCUCGUCGCCACCUGCGCCGAGUUCACUCCUCUUCCUCCAUAUCACGGGGCCCGUGACGCGUCGUUAUCCACGCCGUCCAUACCCAGCGCCUUAACUCCACGUCGCGAUGCCGGACGAGCCAGGGUCCCCGGAGAGCAACCCCGAGGAUGUCGAGGGAGGAACGUCGGACAUGGCGGCGGCGAGGGAGGGUCAUCGUCGGUUCGAGAGCAGGAUCGGUUCCUGCCUAUCGCGAAUAUUAGUCGGAUUAUGAAGAAGGCGCUGCCGCAGAACGCCAAGAUCGCGAAAGACGCCAAGGAGACGGUUCAGGAGUGCGUUUCCGAGUUCAUCAGCUUUAUCACCAGCGAGGCGAGCGACAAGUGCCAGCGUGAGAAGCGCAAGACGAUCAACGGCGACGAUUUGCUGUGGGCGAUGAGCACGCUGGGAUUCGAAGACUACGUGGAGCCGCUUAAAGUGUACUUGCACAGAUACCGCGAGACUGAGGGCGAGGGAGCAACCAAGGACGGCAAGCCCCAGCCAGCCCCAGGAGGGUCAGCGCAGCAGGCAUCGCUACCCUCCUCGCUUCCCAAUCCAACGCACAGAUGCCAUCAUCAUCAGCAUACCCAUCAGGGGGCACAGUUCCCUACAUGCAGCCGCAG